ACGACCCUCACAUCUUCGCAACACAUCCUUCCACCAAGAAUUUACAUGAAUCCUCUGCUAAAAGCACUGGCAGUUCUAGCCAGUGCUUCGAGCCAGUUUUCUCCCUUGAGUGAUUGAGCCAGACCACUCUCCGCCAGAGAGGUGAAGACAGCUCCCUCGAAAUAGUUUCCCCUGAUCUUUUCUAUCGAUUCGCUCGUCUCUGGAGCGGAGAUGUCGAUAAAAGCUUGUGAGGUAUUUUAAUCUUAAAAUGGCGCCAUAAGCAACGUGAUUAUUCAUAUUUACCUCUGCCGUCAAAUGCUUUGCCAAAAUUCCCGAAUGGACGUUAUUACACGAUUCUUUCCGAGCAGAGAUCACUUCUCACUCAAUAAACAAGGCAUAGUGUGCUUGUCCUAUGGGAGACGUUGAUGUGAGCAUUUUUAGUAUAAGUGGUGCCGAAACAGGCAUGAAUUCUGGACGAAAUCGCCAACAGUGUCCACCAGCGGUGGUCAUCACCCACGAUUCAGACAACUAUUCACCAUCCUCCAUCAACCCAUCUUCUGGUGAAGGUCUUCUCAAUUAUAAAACUGGAGGACUUGGAGCCAGCACAUUGUCUCUUGCCACCGAAAGUCGGAACGGAGUUUUUACUGGAGGACCACCAUCAAGAACAGGCUCUCCAAGACACAGCAAAAUACAUCCCAGUGAAGGCAGCAGUUUGCCCAAAUCAGGAUCUUCGAUGGCCGUUUUCUCAACAGAUGGGCAAUUGCUUGGAAAUGAUGCGCAAAUGGAACACACUGACUUGAAUCAACUAAAAUCAAACCAUUGCUGCACCGGCCGGGCAAGAAAGACAGCUAUAGGUUUCUUACUGACACUUAUUAUGUGUGGUACAUGGAUUGGUAUGACCCACUUGCUCAAAUGGGCCUAUAUCAUUCAUUUGAAACUGCCAUCCAACUGCAACUGCACAUCACUGAAUGAUAGCCGUUCUUUCAUUACACCUUCCACCACAGUCUUGGACAUGAGCUCCAACAGAUCCACAUCAAAACAAGUCACGACACUUCCUGUCGAAAAGGAAGAGACUCUGGAACCAUUUAAGGCACCUUUUCUAUUGACAUGGUUUUGCACGGCUUGCAAUUCCCUGUUCUUUCCAGUUUAUUUGUGUACCAGAUUUUGCUCUCGAAGAACAAGGAUAACAGCUAGAAGAUCCAUUUUGGAAGCAAUGCGUCGAUUUCGUGAAAGGGGUCUUUCAGCUAUACAUUUUUUAACUCGAUCGAUGUUCUUUUGUGUUCUGUGGGUGGGAACGAAUUACAUGCUGAUAUACACCAUUGAUAAAUUGGACGCUACUGUUGUCAUGGCUUUGCAAACUUCCAAGGCUUCCUUCGUUUAUCUCCUGUCUUGGGUCAUUCUCCACGAGCAGUUUGUCGGAAUUAGAAUAGUUGCUGUUAUUUUAUGCAAUACUGGCAUAGCUCUUCUGGCUUACAUGGAUGGGGUAGCCAGGACAUCAACUCUGGGGGGUGUAGUUUUAGCAGCUGCCACAGCAGCCGGAUUAUCUGUACAUAAAGUGUUAUUCAAGAAGCUUAUUGGACGAGUGACUAUAGGUCAGCUUAGUAUUUUUCUUACGCUGGUCGGUUUGCUCAAUAUACUAUUGCUUUGGCCAAUAGGUCUAACUCUGUACUUAGUGGAAUCUGAAAAAGUAAUGUGGACUCAGCUACCAUAUGUACAACUGGCAGGUGCAGCUGUUUUCUUCAUAAUUGGUAAUGUUCUAGGAAACUUCGAUGUUGCUCAUAAUUAUGAUACGUAUCUCAAAAUAGGAAUGCUUGCGGCUGUUCCAGUGUCUGCAGUUCUUGAUGUCAAUAUAUACAACGUGGUAUUUGAAGGAAUGAAGUUGGCAGGCAUUCUCUUAAUAUGUAUAGGAUUCAUGCUCGUUCUUUUACCAGACAACUGGCCUGAUUAUAUAACAAGAUUACUAAGAUGGCGUUGCAGAAGAUGUCCUAAGUCGAACAAGCCCACAGAAACUUCACAGCCAAGAACACGACACAUAUUUGCGCGACCAUCAUAAAAUACACAAUAUUUGCAAAAGCUUAAAAAAUUUUAAAUUACAUUUUCAAUUUGAUAUGUUACUAGAUUAUGCAAUUCAGUCCUUUUAACAUAAAAGUGUUUUUUAAUAUUUCUUCAGUAAUUAAUGUAUUCAUAUUUGGUAGGUUCCCAUUGUCCCCUUUCCACGGGCAGAGAAACUUUUCAUUGUAUACCGAAAUUCAACAUAAUCUGCUAUUUAUACGUUAAUAGAAAUAAGAAUAGUUUGAAGUAAAGUGAAUGGUAUUAUAUAUUUUUUUUUCAGGGACAAAGAAUUAAAUUAUGAUAGUUGUUUGAGCACUCAAAAAUUUCAGUAUCGCUUCUCAUUGUAUAUAUUUUAAUUAAAUGCACAUUCUAUUAAAUGCUUAAUUGGUGCUUCAAUGCAAAAUUGCUCAUAAAAAUAAUUCGAAUCUAUUUUUGAGUAGAGAGAGUAAUAUCAAACAUAUGCAUCUAUUACAUGACGGAUUCAAUAAAAUGAAGAUACAUAUCAGGAAAAAUUGUCUUCACUCUUUAAAAGUACCAUAUUUUAUAAUAAAAUUACGAAAUAAAUCGCUAUUUAUAUUCUAGGUUUUUCAUUCAACCGGUUAAAUUAUGUAAGUAAAUGUUUGAUUAUCAGUAGUUUAUAUUUUUUGAAAUUCGUUAGCUAUACAUGUUAAACCUCCUGUUUACAAUUUAGAUUCCCCAAAAUAUAUCCGGCCGUGUGAUAGCACUUUUUUAUUGUAUAGCAAUUGAAUGGAACUCAAUUUAUUUGUCAUAUUUGACAAUAAGUAGAAUACUUAUGUCAUUUGAAAGACAUAUUUGUGAAACUAAAUCAAAAUUGAAAAGUUAUUUGUAAUUUAAAAAAAAAAAUAUUUUUAUAAAAGUUAAUACUCAGUUAAGAAAAAAGAAAGAAAAGAAAAAGAAAAAAUAUCAAGCUUGAGUUGCUUGAAACUUCUUUUUAUAUUUCGGUCAGUAAUGUGGGGUUCAGGUAACAGAAAAUAUAUUGCAUGUAUGCAAUUAUACGUUGCAAUUUAAAAUAUGUAUUGCAAUUCAAAACAUAUGCUAAUCUUAGCCAAUGACAAACAUUUGUAUAAGCGUUGUGUUUGAUUUCAUAUUGGCUGAAACUUUCAAUAGACCCUAAGUGAAAAAAGUCAUCACCUAAAUAUUUAAGCUAAAUAAAUUAAUCAGAUUAGGGAAGAAUAUGAUAGAAUAUUUUCAACUCAUUUUCUAAUUGAAUAGCAUCAUCCAAUUCAGAGCAUCUCAAAUAAAGAAUCAUGAAGUCCUCACAGGGCUUUCUGGCUUCAGGUAUUUCCAUAUUUGAAGAAAAAGAAAUUGCUAAGAAAAUCAUCUUGACUUAAAAGUUUUUAUUACAAUUCAUUUAAUAAUUGAACGUUUUAAUAGUUGUUAUGAAUGAAUGCUUCAUUUUAUGAAAUUUCUUUUUGGAAGUCACCACAGAAAUUUUCUUUAAAAAAUGAGUCCAAGAAAAUUCUUUCACUUGAAAAAAAUUAAAGAAAGUUUUAUUUCAUCAACCGGAGACGAUUCUCUAUUCAUUCGUGUCUAUAUGCAACAAUCAUGCAUGUUUUCAAUAUCAACUUUUAAAUGAAAUUUUUAAAGAAGCAUUUUUUCUUCGAUCACAGGUUUGAUUAUCAGCGCAAAUAAAGAAUCCUUUAGAAAAUUCAUUUUGUAAUGAGAAGUUUUAGUCAUUUCGUUAGAAUUAUUAUAAAAUGCUUUUCCUUGAAAAGAAUUACAGCUCCAGCAAAACACAUACAAAAAAAAUUAAAAAUUUAAACAAAUAAUCAUGAGGAUUUUUUUAAUGAAGUUUCAAUAAUUUUCAAGACAUUUGGUAAAAUUGUAGGUUUGAAAUACCUUUAGUAAUCUUAUUUGAUCGUGAACUGAUGAUUUAAAGAGCAGUUAUAGUUUUCUAUUAAAAAAUUGAUGAAGAGAAUCAAACGAUAUAUAUUUUAAAAGAUAUUAUAAAACACAACACAGUAAUUAUGGUUUAAAAUGUCAUUAUUCUUCCUUUAAAUAUUCCCUAUUUUCUUUUUCUAAAUAUAUUUUAUAACUUUGACAAGGAGAAAAUCUCUGAAAAACAAUAAAUAGAUUUCGAAAAAGUGAAUACAUAAUAAUCAAUUUCUCUUCAUAUUACCCAGAAAAACGUUUUUAAAAUAAAAUGACUAUGUAGCAAAAUAGAGGAGCUAUUUCACUCCAAAUCAAAGUAAUGUAGUACAUCUACAAUUAAAUAUGAUUGCAAAUACACAGGUACAGUCGCGGGAAAAGAAAAGGAGCAUUCCAGAUUUAUUUUGCAAUCGAUUAUCCAAUGUGAAAACUAAAAGCACCAUUUUGAAGGUAGUAAUGAAUACUAAAAUAUACUGUGCCUAAAAUUUUCGUAGGGGAAGGGAUUGUCUACAUACUUAAAACUGUACAAACUUUGAAAUUUCAUAUGGCAACACCCUUUUCCUAAUGCCAUGAAUAGAUUUCCCAUAGAAAAAAUAUCCGCAGUACAACUUUUAUCUAAUAUACUAUAAUUACAUCGGGAGAUAUUUUACUUUUUCUGUUACAGGGUUGUUUCCAUAUUUCGAUAUGUAAGAUUUUGAUAUUCUCUGUACUUCGGUAAUAGCAAUUUUAUUCUUGUAAACUUUAAAAGCAUUUGUAAAGCUCGAAUCUACAUGAUAAAAACGUUUGUUAUUUCAUUCAUGACAAAAUUUUCAUAGUAAAAUUUUUAGAAGAACUGUGAUUAUUUUCUGUAAAGAAAUAUUCAAGAGCAUUGGAAGUUUUGUUUAAA